AUGGUUCUACCAAAUUCAAGACACGACUAUUUGCCACCUCCAGGAUUUUUCACAGCUAUGGUUGGUUUACAAUGCCUUGGGAUAAUCAUUGGUGUCAUUGGCAACAUUAUAGUUAUUCUUUACAAUGUUUUUGCGAUCAAUCCCAAGUUACCUACGACGUAUUUUGUGAUCAGUUUGGCAACUACCGAUUUAUUGGUUUGUUGUACUUGCUAUCCCGUAUGGCUUAUUGAAUUCGCGUCGGUCGCUGUCGGUGAGAGCUGCAUAGUUCAUGACUUAUUUUGUAAGAUUGGAUUUACAACUCUUUCCACAGGCGGUGCAUUGUCGAUAGCUAAUCUACUGGCAAUAACAAUUGAUAGAUUUAUCUACAUAAGUAAACCACUAAAAUAUCCGAUGAUUAUGAUUUGG